GACGCAAUUGCGAUGCUGUCAGCGUCGAGUUUCGGGUGUGUGCGUGUGCAAAAUACAAAAGUUGAUUGAAAAAUUUUGUUUUCUUUACUUUUCGGGUAAUUUAGAGGAUUUUACAAACGAAAAAAUGUAUUCUCAGCUAAAAAAGUACUCGGAAACGUGCAGUGAAAUAUAUAAGUUAUCUGUGUUGAAAGUACUGAGCAGACAAUAAAAUAAAAUUCAGCGCACACAAAAUAUUUAUGUUUUAAUUCGGGAGUGAAAGGUGCACCAGGUCACUCGAUGAGUGUGCAUUACGAUAAGUAUUAGUACAAACAAAUUCAAAUGUAGUAAUAAUCCACAAAAGAAUACCAAUAUUAUUAAAAUCAAAGUACGAACGCAAGGAAAGCAAGACUUGAGAAAAUUUGUAAACUGCUGCAAAAGCUUUAUAGCUGCGAUGAAGUUGAGGGAAAGUACAGGAGAUGCAGAGUUUUACUACGCUGUGCUACUAACAGUGAAUGUAACUUUGACUGCAAUGGUCUUAAUGGCUGCGUGUCUCUGGUGCAGGCGCCAAGCUACAAAAGAUGAGCUGGGUGGAUUAGAGGGUAUGGUCAAAAUGACCAACCCAGAUGACAUAAUCGAAGUUAAGGUGUUAGCAAGUAGUGAAUCGCAUACGGAUUUGAAUGUUUCUGCUGUUUCAACUACCGACUCAGAAAAACGAGCAAGCACUGCAGCUCAUCGAAGUCUACCGGACAUACCAAUUGUAGAAGGCAAUGGCGAUAAUGGAUCCGAACUUUACGAAACUGUGGCCGAUAAGAACCAUUUAGUUGAGGAAAACGAUCAAAAUCAUAGUCCUACACCCAGUCUGAAGAAACAAAUAAGCGUAUCACAGCACAGUUCCAUAAGCCAAGCGGAUGAUAUUAGUUCCCCCUAUUCAAGGGUUAGGAAUCCGCCCCAUGACUAUGCCAAAGUUCGUAAUGCCGAGCAUCCCUAUGCACAGGUAAAUCCGCCGUCAACUUCGGCAGCGGCCGCUGCAGCAGCCAUAGUGGCUGCCGGCAAUAGUAACGCUGCUCACAGUAAUCAACCGCCUCAGCUUAAUGGCACAGUUUCGCGGAUGUCCAAUCAUAGCAAUGCUUCGCAAAAUCUGAACGAUUCGAUAUCUCACGCUGAAAUUCCAGCUGCUUCAGCUAUUGCAGGCAUGAUCUCGGCGAGUCAAGAUCUUCCCUAUAUGACACCUCCAAUAACAAAUCAACACUUUAGUGGCGAUUCCCAAGAUUCUUCAAAAGGUUACACUAGUAUCAGCGUUCGGGAGCCGCUUGCCAACAUUCUAGCCCAGCAACCACCGAAGCAAUCGCAGCGAUUGGCAGCUUUAACUCGUGAGACGAAUGAUUCCCACUAUGCGACAGUGUCUGAUGAUUCAGAUGAAACGUACGCCGCUAUCGAAGAUCCAAAUAUGCGCAACAACCCAAAUGUCCUGACAGACAUUUACACAAGCGGCUCAGAGACAUAUGCACAAAUCCAGCCUAUGCAAUCCAACUCUAUGGUGGUAUCGGUAGAAAUAAAUAAUAUAAGCAAUAACAGUAACGCUCAUCCAAAUUCUAAUGAAGCGUAUGUUAAAAAAGCACAAUCAACGGACGCUACAGCGAGCACAGCGUCUGCAUCGAAUCACCAGCAUCAUCAAACCGCCUUUGGUAGUCAGACCCACGGUAGACCUAUUUCUGACCAUACAACCCCGAUACCACCACCUUUGGACAGUUUGCGUACGCAAAAGCACUCCAGGCAGCCGUCAUCGUCAUCAAACAACAGCUCCUCGAUUUGUACAUUAGGUUCCCCGAAACCGGAAAAACGCCAAGCCAACUCUCCGCUACCACCAACUCCGAAGUCGAACAUUACCUCCGGUCGUAGUUCGGUUAUAUCAGUCAUUGAAUAUGGUGGCGGUGCUGGAGAUUUGAAUAUAAGUGGCAUUUUAGCCGCGGUAUCGAAUACUGUGAACCCUGCUGCAACUGCAUCAGCUGUCGAUGGCUCGCCGCAAAAGAAUAAAACUAAAAGUCUAAGUCCGUCCAAAGAUAUCGAGGGAAUGUACGCCAAGGUGAUGAAGAAGAACAAAUUGUCGCAACACUCACCUUCCUCACAAAACAGCUCUCCUGUUAUGGCGCGAAAAUGUGGUGAGCACGUCGUUCAGCUCGGCGUUAGUCCACUCGACAUGGCUGCCGCUGAGCUAAUGGAAUUAAACCGCGUCAAUGUAUUCUCAAUUCAAAAUGCCUCGAGCGAUAAGAGUCGCAUGCGCAGCAAUAGUUACGGUGCCAAGGAUCAUGGUUAUGAGACAAUACCCGCGGAUGGAUUACACCGGUCAGCAGCACUGGAAAAUCGCAAAUCGGAUUGCUAUAGCAGCGUAUUGCAUAAAGAGCGGCCAAAAGAUAUGUUACAAAUAACCAAUCCGCCUCCGACGAAAAUAAAACCACCGAUAGACACAGAUCUAAGUAGUGACAAACAUUAUGAGACUAUAGCCGUGCCGCUUGAUACAACGCGCAACAGCGAUCCCGGCUAUGAAACCCUACAAAAACCAGCCAAACUAAAUCAUUCCGAACCAGAUGGCGGGAAGAAGCAUUCUGACUAUGAUCCUAAUUAUGAAGUGCUUGAGGGUCCAAAAUCGACUGGCCUCUCCGAUGAUGGUUAUGCUAAAAUCAACGAAAGAAAGCAUUUGACCGUCGAUGAGGAUUCUACUGAUGGCUACAGUAAAGUCAAAGGAGAAGAAAUCGAAGAAGGCGCUACUGGUGGUUACAGCACAAUUGCAACGGACGCUAAUCACAACUACGCCAGCAUUGCCGAAUCGAAGAGGGAAGUAAAUGGCGCCACGCCAGAUACCGAAGACUCCGAUCACUAUGCUCGCAUUGCAGAAGCACCGCGAAUACCGCAAUCAGCCUCUGAACUGCCACUAAGCAGUACGCUGCACUCAUCAACGGGAAAACUUACGCAGAGCGUGAGUGGCACACAUGACACGCUAGCGAUCACCUCGCCUUCAUCGAUUAACUCAUCCUCAAUGCUAGCCAACAGUUCUACUUUGUCAUCCACGAAUGCGCUGACCGGCAGCGGCAGCACCACCAGCACCAUGAGCUCGCGCCAAACUCCAUCAACAUCUUCGCAAUAUGAAUCGCUCACCGGCAGUGAAGCAGACCCCAAUUACGAGACCGUUUGCUAUACAAACACAGAAAACGAAAACCCAUACGAGAGGCUACAGACCGAGUACUCGGACACACAGCUAAGCAGCAGUAGUCCCUUAACGCCGGACGAGCUGCGCACACACACACACAAUGCCACAGCAACAACAGCUGAUGCCGGUAACACAAGCGCCUCGUCAACAACAACAACAGCAACAAACUCCGAUGCAACAGUGGCGACUAUGGGAACGGUGUUGUUAAAGUCGACAGCAAAUGGGCUAACACCAAAAGCGGGACACGACAGACCGACAGCAAAAGUGCAAAAUACCAGUGAACUGAACUCCACAGAUGUUGUAGUCGAUGAUUACUUUCAAGUUUAGCAAAGUAUCUAGUAUUUAGUUGAGCUAAGAGCAAAUAUUUGGUAGUAACAAAUAAAUACGUUGAUAUAUUUAUUAUAUAUUAUGUUAGGUUAGAAUUAUAUGGGGCACAUACACACGUACAUAUACGCGAUUUUUAUAUACCACACGAACACACGCCAAGUUAUCCUAAGUAAAUACCACAGCAAAGCUGAUGCCACUGCACUUAACAUUUCAUACAUUUGUUUGUUGUUGUUGUUUUAGUAGUAGGAUAUGCCAGCAGCAGCACAUAUCAUUGAGCAAGACGCUAAUGUGAGACAUAAAUGCCUUGUAUACUCUUUUAAAAGAUGAGUGAGCAAAACUCCCUUCUGGCAACAAGGCAUGCAUAAAUCACACUUAUUUAGGCAAUAUUCCUAAAUUAGAUCCGCAUGAAUGUCAACCUGGAUGCGCGUUAAAUGUUUCGGUAAUACACGACAAACGUUCGUCGGCUUAAUCCCAGGUUGAAGCACAAGCUGACAAUAUGUACAUAAGCAUAAGCGGUUUUUUUUACAUCCUUCUAUUCUUGCGCACUGCUCCGGGAGCAUGUUAAUACAGAAAUGUUUAAAAUAUGGCUUAAUACAUAUAUAUUUGCAUAUUUCAAUAGACAAAUUAAAAA